UUUUAAUUAAUUUUAAGAUUCAAAUAAAAUGCAAAUACUAGAAUUCUAAAUACGAUAUUUUGGAUACCACUUCCUAAACACCGUCCGUCAGCGGUUCAGCCCUGAGACUCCCCCGGCCCCCACGAGGGAAUCCCGGCAGGUGAUUGGACAAUGCUGGUUUUACCACGUCACACAGGAUCGUCAGUAUAACUAUCAGGCGAGUCGCAGCUCAAAUCUCAGCUGUUGUGGGAUCAGCACGUGUCGAGGAGCCUAGAGAAUAAUAAUACGUCCUUACAUGAAAACAGACCACCUAUGGAGCGAUCACAGGCAAGCAAAGCUGCUCCAACAGAGGGAACACAGAAUGACCAGAAACACGUCCACAGAUUGUAUCCAUCGCUGCCGAAUGUGCACACGUAUGAGGUUUGUGUGCCAAACGGUUCCAGCAGAGCAAAGCUUGAAGCAGCCGCAGUUUAUCGCCCUGAGAGUCUGCCGGGAGACACACAGUCAGAAGUGUCUGCUACCAACAGUGAUACCAACAUGAAAGCACAGAUACUUAUCAUGGAGAAGCAAAGGCAAGAGCUUCUUUCUAUUAAUGAGAAAUGGGCAAAGGAGUACAGAAUCAUGGCACAGUACUACCAAGAGAAGGUGCGGGAUUUAAAAACAAUACUGCAACAUGACAACUUUCACUUUAAAGAAGAGGAAAAAGGAGAGAGACCCAUCACAUUACAUAAAAAAGUUAAAAUCAAGACAAUGAAAGAUGAAGAGAACACACAGGCUGGAAACGGUGAUGUCAGCUCUGAGGUACUCAAAGCAGAGAGGGAAGUAGAGGAGCUGCGAGCACGGAACAACACUCUGACUCAAAGAGGGCAGCAUCAGCAGGAAGAGAUCAGACGACUAAACAAAGCUCUAGAGGAGACGCUUCACACCACUCAGCGUCUUGAUGCGAGCAGUGAAACACUACAGGAUAUCUGGAAGCAUCAGGCUCAGAUCUAUAAGGAGGACUUUAUGAAGGAGAGGAGGGACAGAGAGAACCUCAAGGGGAAGUGUCUGGAACUGGAGAAGAGGUUGAAAAAAGCUCACAAUGAGCUGCACGUCCUAAAAUCACAGGUAUUUGGAGUUUACAUCCUUAUAUUCUUACAUGAAGAAUCAAACUGCAUAGUCCUGGAAGCAUUUGAGUGUUUCAGGUACAAAGAUUUCAUCAAGUGUCUCUGUUUCUCCAGGGGACUUCGACCCGGCCGCCGCAACCUGUACUUGAAUGUACCUGCAGACAUACGACUGACCAACACCACAUCCGGCCUCAGAGACGAUACACCCUUGAUGAAAAACGAUGAACUACUCCUCCUCAGUCUUUGUUUAACAAUGUUUUGCUGCACUUUAUGGAAGUCUGUCCUGGAGUAUAAUGGCCAGAUCAGAGUUCAUCAUUAGCAGGGUGAGACUUCGCUAGUUUCUCAGGAAGGACAACAUCAAGGAAGUGAGCUCUGUUGUGUUUCAGCCUUUGCCCGACUGUCUGCUGCAGGUUCAUCUUCAGGUAGUUUUCGUUGCGGCCACGCCACUAGUCCAGGCCCAUUUGGAGAACUAUGUGUGAGAAACAAAACCUUUAAUAUAUAUACUUCCUAAGGGGAGAAAAGUAGCAAAGAGUGAUAUAAAAUACUCUACCUAGUGCGUACAAAAUUUGCUAUGUAAGCCAUGGCGCGCUUGCUCAGCUCUUCUUCUUCUUGUGACACAGGUCCUUAAGGAGAUAUCAAG